CCUACGAAGGUGGAUCCCGACAGCCGCGUAGAAAAGAGCGGCGCUCAUCACUUCGACUAAUACACUUGCCAACUUCCGUGGCGAGUUUGGAUUUCACCUGUGUGGGCAAGAGGCCGGUACUAUUAGAAAAUUUCGGGGUCGUAUUUUUGAUUGUCGGUCGCUGUGCGACGAGAAGAACUGUGCGCGUAAUAUCUCGGAUCGUCGUCUUCGUCGAAGGUGUACAAAAUCCAACACAAUGCUUUCCUCGGUAUUAUUAGCCGUGGUUGCCUCGACCUUGGCAGCGGCCCAUACAGUCAUCACCUACCCAGGAUGGCGAGGAGACAAUCUCAUCACGAACUCUUCGUGGCCAUACGGCAUGCAGUGGACCUACCCAUGCGGCGGCAUACAGUUGACGACGAACAGAUCGUACUGGCCCACCACCGGCGGCGCUGUCGCGUUCCAGCCGGGUUGGUUCCAGGGGCACCAGACGGCAUUCUUGUAUAUCAACUUAGGCUUCGGCACCGGUGGGCCGGACGGAGGACCGGAAAACAUGUCAUUCCCCAUGAUCGCACCCUUUCAACUUCUCGGCCCUUCGAAAGGUCCGUAUCCCGGCACCGUCUGCUUGCCACAGGUACCGCUGCCCGCGAACAUGUCUUUCAACCCCGGCGACAACGCGACGAUACAGGUCGUCGAGAUAGCGCAACACGGAGCUGCUCUAUUUUCGUGUGCCGAUAUCACGUUUGCCGCACCAGGCGACCCAAAGAUCGCCCAGGUAAACGGGUCUAAUUGCUACAACAGCACUGACCUCGGCUUUGCCGAUAUCUACACGGUCACGACGCAAGAGAUAGGUGCUGCUGCCAAUAUGACCACCAGCGGCGCGGCUAGGUUCUGGUACCAGGGCUCUUCCGCUUGGAGCUGGCUAGGUUACCUGCCCGUAGCUAUAUGUUCUCUCUGGUUCUUAUUAUGAAGCUCAGCGGAUAGGUGAAGGACUAGAUACCUAGAUACCUAGAGACGGAUUGAGAAGCAGAGCGAGCGAUUUUUCUUCAUUUUUAACUUUUUGUAUCUAUAUACCAUUUGGCAUCUUAAAUCGGCGCACGGGGCGAAGGGACGGAUGCUAUUGCUUGGAUGGCCGGGGUUGGUCUCCCCAUGCCGGCCAGACUUUAUAAUUGAAGGGUGAACGGGACGUGCGGAUUUGAUAUCUAGCUAUACCAUGAUUCGCUCUCGGACGGAGAUUCCGUCAUCUCCACAUUGUCUUGAGGAUCAACAGAUACCUUUCCUCGGACAUCAUGAAUGAAAAAAUUUACACGAUUCUUA